AUGUCAAUGUUCAAUGCACUCAACUUCACACCAGAUGAAGAAUCGUUAGAGAUCGAACAGCAUUCAAGAGAAUUGCAGAUCGAAGAGUGUUACAGAAUCUUUCAAGAUGCGCUUUUGCAUCUGAAAGAAGACCGGUUUGUGGAGGCCGACGAAUCAUUUAAAGAGUUGUUUUCUAUUGAAGUUCUCAAACCGGAUAAGUGGGGGAACUACAAGCAUAAGAGCACUACGCUGGAUUCGCUGCGAUACCUAUCUUACAGAAAUCGUGGAAUCUUUCAUUAUCGCACUUUGAAAGCCAAUUUUAGAAAUAUGAGUGCACCAGAUAUUGUUGACACGAUUUUGAAAGUACUGGAAGAUUUGCUGGAAUCAAUUCAACAUAGCGAGGGUGACAUAACGGUGAUUAGACUACUUUUGGAUAUAUUUGACAGUUUUCGCAGUGACAAGCUGCAGCGAUAUAUUCUUGAGUACGAUUUGCUGAGAGAUCCAGUCACACUCAAUCGUUUACGCAGACGCCAAUGGGUACUCCCACAAAGCUUACAGAUUUUUGCUAGAUACCAAGACUUUCUGGCCAAGAUCAAAGAUGAGGACACAAUGCGCUCAGAAGUAUUUUUAAGCUGCCAACGGUUCAUAAAGGACUACAGCCAUGAAAAUCCGGAGCCUGAAUCUUUUUUAGCGCAAAUACAAGAAAUGAAGGCACAAGAUGACGAGGCUCUCAGGUUGUUGGAUACGUUCGAGUUGAUGGUUCCGGAACUCAGCUGGGAAGGUGUCGCGGAAUCCUUGGUUGGAGCUCUGCCCAAAUACAAAACCUCCAAUUUCUUUGGCACGGUACCUGAUCCUUAUGACGAAACAACAGACCCUAUCGAAAGCAUUAAAUUAACGAUAUGUCCAACCAACAACGUUAUUUCAGAAACUUCAGACAAGCAAAGCGAUUUCUCUUCAUUACCGUCGAAAGUAAAUAAUGCCGGCGGGGAUGAAAAGAGUGCUGAAACGGCUCCCUCGAACAACGUUGCGGCAGUUGAAGACAAGAAAAGACCAAGCACUGAUACAGCUGAUGGAACGAAGCCUGUUCAGCGUGCGAGCAAACGAUUCAAAGAAAGACCGAUUUUGAAAAACGAUUCCCAAAUAAUGGAGUUACACACCUUAUUUUGGGCUGAGUUCAGAGCUUUGAGCGGCGAUUCAGACACCCAGGGCAUCCAAAUAGAAAAUUUCGCACCCGAAGAUAUUCCUCCUAAUACACCAGCUUUGAUUGCCCUCACCGAUUUAUACGAUUGUUUGGGCUCAUGGACCAAUCGACAUAGUGAAUUCCUCAAUCAUAAUGAAACGAAAAAUGCGUCAAAGUCAUUGACCGAUGACAAAAGCUUGUUCAAACUGAAUGCCCUUUUUCGGAAUAGCGUUUUCGCCGAGGAUAGUAGCCCCAUACCGUCGCUAACCGAUCUUCCCGUGGCCAAAGUUGAGAGCUUCAUCAGCAGCGUCAAUGAUGGGAAAAUGCACUUUCACGAGGCCAGAAUUCUUCUUCUCAAGGAAUUAUUUUCCAUAAAUGAGGCAGGCUUGUGCCCCAUUGUCGAUACGUUCUGGAGUCCCGUCCUUUUCAAGACAAUAGAAGCUUUCGUUUUGAGUAUUGAGUUGAACAUCUACAACCUCGUUUGUAUGCACGAUAGCCGCUCGGCUUAUAUGGGCCUUUCUGUUUACGAAAUGUUGGUUAACAUAAUGGGGAACCUUUACAUGGGCAGCAGCCAGCGGAAACUACAAGGUCAGAAGACAGGCGAAAUAGACAGUCAGAGAAACAAGCUCGGAAAGAAAAUUGAGAAAUGGUCUUCCUUGCUCACGAAUAUCUCUUUCCAGGAUGUUCGCUCGGAAUACAGAUUUAGAUGGUCUCGUUUUUGCUAUCUUCAAUACGCUAGCGAUAUCACGGACGAAAGUUUAGUUAAUAAUUUGUGCGAAAUAAUGCAGGACAUGGAACAAAACGCGCAUUAUAUUAAUGUAGCGUAUGCCAAUUACGUCAAUAUACCUCGAUUGGAUAUCAAAGUUGUCAAAAAUCAGCUCUCGCGGCUUCAAAUGAUCCGAAGAAUCACAACAAUAGACAAAAACGUUUCGGAGGAGGACGAAAAAUCGUCCGAGUCACAAAUGGAGCUGCUACGUAGUAUCCUAAUAGAUGAGAAAACGACGAAAGCGGGAGCUACGCAAGACGAAUUAUCCUUAAUGCAAUUUAUCAGAAAUUCUCCAUUUCUUAUUAAAGUUAAACUUUGGAAACUGCUGUUUUCGUUCUAUGCCAGAAAAGAUACUCCACGAGUGGGCAAGAUUUACCAAAAGAUAAUGACAAUUCUUUAUGAGAAGCUAUGCUCGGAAGAUUAUAAAGCACAAUCGCAAUUACAGCGACAACAAACCCUUUUGACUACUAUAAGCUUUUUGGGCCUUUUUACUCAUGACUUUCUCCAGAUUGCGCUGUCAACACCACCCGAGAAGCUAUAUCUGCCCGAAGAAAACAUAUCGUUCAUUUCGUUGCGCGAUGUCCUGAAAGUCACUGUAAUUCUGCUUUAUCCCAUUUUGUUUCAUGAAACACUAUCUCAAAAGAAUCCGUCACUGAGCUCUUUUUUCCAAAAAGCCGUCAAGUCUUCGACGAAGAUGAAAGGAAUCUUCAUAGAUGUCCUGUCACUAUUUAUUUACCUUUGUGCUUACAAUCCGGAUGCUGGCAAUAAUUCAAAAAAGUCUGCGCAGUAUGUUUCAUCAUUCAUCUACGCGUCACAUUCUCUAAUGGGCCAUUUUGAUUUCUGCGACUCCUCUAAUGGAGUUUUUUUGAGAUUGUCACAGCAAAUCCUUUGCAAUUGCCCCGAUGAAUAUUCCUUCAUCCAGCUGAAGCAGAUUCUAUGGUGCAUGUUCCAUCUUUCAUUAAGCGGAGAAAGUUCUACAGUGGUUCAACACUCGACAACGCCCUCAGAUUUAAACAAAGAAAGCGCCAUUGGAAUUGGUAGAUAUCUCAUCAAACUGCAAUACCAAGACAGAAAUCCUUUAAUGGCCUCAGGAGCCAAAAGCAAUCUAAAGCAAUUUUUAGACAAUGUUGUUCAAGUGAUUGGAGACUUAGACUUUGCUGGAAAUCAUGUUCUUUGCCGCAACAAGCACUUUUUGGACGGUUUCUUGAACUCCAGCAUCACAACGAAAAUCGUUCGCAGUGCAUUCAAAGGGAUCCUGGCGAUUGAACUCUUGAAACCUAAGGACAAAAUUCAGGAAGCUGUAGAAGCAGGCCUGUUUUACGUUGCAAGCGUUCAGGCAUUGAAUCUAUACAAGAUUCGGAAGAAAGCAACGCAGGCAAGACCAUCUGAACUGGAUUCCAUAAUUUACAUGUUAAGGACAGAUAUACUUUACGAUUCGAGGAGGUUCGAAAGCUGGUUUUUGUUGGGUAAAUGUUACUCCUACAUAGUAGAAGACGACCUUAUGUGGACAUCAGACAAAAUUUCUGCAGAUAAGCGGAAAGGAACUGUUGCUUUCCAGCGCAAAGCUCUUCUAUGCUAUUUGAUGGCCUUAGGGCUGUCAGCUAGCGUAAAGUUACCCUCGAAUAACAAGGAUGCAAUUGCGGAUCAUCAAAAUAUUCUACGAGAACUUCUCGAGAUUCUGUCAGAGGAGAUGCUCAGCGGCUAUUUGAGGCCUCUCGACAAACUCUGCUACUAUCAAGAGUGGCCAUCAACUGUUCGCAUCAGUGCAAGUGGUGACCUUCUGAGUACGUCAGCUUACGAAAGUCCAUCUAUUAGUGACUAUAACGUACAACAGGCAAUAUUUUUGGCACUUCGUGAGGCUGACCUAAUGUAUGAGGACUCUAGUGAUGCAAAGAAUCUGCGAAAUUGGAAAAAUCUGUUUUUCAAAGCGAAACUGACCUAUAAGACAGCAGUUCACGAAUUUGCAUCGUCCGGACGCGUCGACUUAUUAGAAGCGUGCAGAUUAUCACAGGUUGCUUCGACGCAAAGGGACCCCAUUUUAGAGCCUCAUUAUUUUCUAGUUAGCGCAAUUUACAAAUGCGUUAACAACAACGUGAUGUCGGUCAAGGCGGCAACAUCAACACUGAGCGAAAAUAAUUCGUUUUUCAAGAAAUCUAACGAUUUUUGGCACGGUGGUGCUCAAGUUUCUGAACCUGCAAGAAGCAAAGACCGGAGAAAUUUUUUGCUUCAAAUUUUGGAUCUCCUGAGGACGAUUUUGACCUUUGACAAGAUGAAAUGGCACCACAGACCCAAAUUCAGAAUAGCCAAAAUUUUGUUUGAGGACUUUCAGGAUUUGGACGGCGCCAUUACGGAAAUGAACGAAAUUAUUUUUCUGAAGAGCCCCAACAAAAGUUUAGUCAAUAUUUGGAAACCAGACCUAGAGAGGCCGGGCAAGCAUUUCCUCUACACCUACCAAUAUGUCAUGUUCUAUCUUGAUUUACUUUUCUGCAAAGGCGACUACGAGUCCAUCGUUUUGGUAGCGAAAAAACUGAAAAGAUUUGGUGCAGGCAUGGUGAAUAUGCCUUUAGCAGCCGACCGGGCAGCUCGUCUCUUUUCUCAAUGCGUCCAGCGACAGUUUUCUUUGAACGAGAAGCUCGACGCCGAACAAGUGUUAUUGUCGUUGAACUAUCAGAAUUUCCUGCAGCGAAGCGACGAACUUUUCGCGUCUUUCGACAAAAAAAAUUACGACACGACAACGGUCGAUCUUCUAGCAUCAGCUUAUCAUUUGAAAAAGGGAAACAAUGCUUAUGACCUGAUAUGCCUUGCCAUCUACUUCAAGUUUUUCUACAAGCCGUUCACUUCAAAUGACGCCCUAUCAUCAAAGGAAGGGUCUCAGGCAAUAAAGCUAGAAUUACCAACAGUUCCGGCCCCAGUUAGCGCAUCACCAAUCAAGUUGAAGACAGUCUCGGCAAGGAAAAGAGUCAGUAAGAAAGACGCCUUUGACAAGAUUGGAUCUUUAGUGGAUAAAAAACUCACGUGA